AUGGCCACGGCAUCGAAUGGAACUAACUUUACCGGGAACUUAACAAACCAAUUCGUACAGCCACCCUGGCGCGUAGCGCUCUGGUCAAUGGCAUAUAGCACCAUUCUGGCAGUGGCUGUCUUUGGAAACCUGAUUGUGAUAUGGAUAAUACUGGCCCACAAGAGGAUGCGCACAGUUACAAAUUAUUUUUUGCUCAAUUUGGCAUUUUCUGACGCAUCUAUGGCAGCCUUCAAUACUCUUAUUAAUUUUGUGUACGCGACACAUGGUGAUUGGUACUUUGGGGAAUCAUACUGCAAAUUUCACAACUUUUUCCCGGUUACCUCGGUUUUUGCUAGCAUCUAUUCAAUGACUGCAAUAGCUGUGGACAGAUACAUGGCUAUCAUCCAUCCUCUGAAGCCACGGCUCUCGGCCAAAGCCACCCGAGGGGUGAUCGUGUGCAUCUGGGUGCUGGCGGUGGUGCUGGCCUUCCCUCUGUGCUACUACUCCACCAUAAAGCCCCUGCCCAAGAGGACGAUCUGCUACCUCGCCUGGCCUCGCCGCUCCAAGGAUCCUGUCAUGUAUCAUAUCAUUGUUACUGUGCUAGUGUAUGUCCUUCCCCUGGGCAUAAUGGCGAUCACCUACACUAUAGUUGGAGUGACCUUGUGGGGUGGAGAGAUACCUGGGGACACAUCAGACAACUAUCAUGGCCAGCUCCGCGCCAAAAGGAAGGUGGUGAAGAUGAUGAUCAUCGUGGUUGUGACUUUUGCCAUCUGCUGGUUGCCGUACCACAUCUAUUUCCUGCUCUCCGGCCUCUACAUGCCAAUCAACAAAUGGAAGUACAUCCAACAGGUGUACCUGUCAGUCAUGUGGCUCGCCAUGAGCUCCACCAUGUACAACCCCAUCAUAUACUGCUGCCUCAACAGCAGGUUCCGUGCCGGCUUCAAGCAGGCCUUCAGCUGGUGCCCGUUCGUGCACGUGUCCAGCUACGACGAGCUGGAGCUGCGCACCACCCGCCUGCACCCCGCCCGCCAGAGCAGCAUGUACACGCUCUCCCGCAUGGAGUCCACCGUGGUGGUGGCCGCCGUCCCGUCGUCAUCCGCCUGCGAGGCCCCGGCCGGCGAGGCCAAGCUGGCGGGGCGGAAGGGCGUCAUCCCGUCCACUCGCCACCUCAACGGCUGCGCCGAGCCGGCGGGGAGGGCGGCGCUCUACGCCACGCCCGGUGCCCAGCAGGAGGAGUUCUCGUGA